CACAACAGCGGUCGGUAGGGUACACGUACCUUGGUACCAUUGUAUCUUUGUAUCUGGUAAGACAAGGACUCGCUGUUUGGUCAUUGCUUUUGCCCUUGGCCGGAAAUCGGUGCCUGACUCACACAACACAACAAAAAAAUCAUAAUUGCUACCUAUUGCACCAUAUCUGCGGCAGAGACGCAUAUCAACAUAACAUAAUACAAAAUGGUUUCAGCAACCUCACCGUCUCCUUUCCACUCCCCUACUCACUCUUCCUACCCGCAAACUACACCGUCACCACUGCCGAGGAAGAAGAUCAUGUCCGUCACACAGACAUACUUCCUCGCCCACAAGGCACGGGCUAAGCUGUCUAACGAGGCUGCCCGCCCCGACCACAACCUCCGACUACUCGUUGGUCACGCCAACCUACUAGACUCCUUGAUGCUCGAUCUUGCCGAGGCCGAGCGGGAACAAGAGAGCUGGUUCAACCAAUCCGUCCGGGGAGCCACGCCUAAGGCUGAAGAGAGGCACGUACAAUGGGCCGACAACGUGGCCGCGGAGGACGACUGGGAGGCGGACUCGUCCGAUUCGGACAGCGACAGUGACGAGGAGGACGAGGACGUAGAGAUGGCAGACGCAUUGCCGCUACAACGGAUAGCUUCUCGCACGGUACUACCACCGGCAUCUCCCCAAUUACAUCUAAUGGAUGAGGAUGAGGAUGAGGACGACUUCGAGGACGAUGACGAAGACUACGACGCUUUAUCCCUUACUCGAUCACCAUCCCCCUUUAUAACAUCACCACCCGAGCUCGAGCACGACUCGGACUCAUCAGAAGACGAGGCAAUGCCCCCGUCGCCGCCAGCGGCAUCAAUACCUACAUUCUCAGAGAAGCAGAGGGAGAGCACAGUCACAACCAAGUACCUGGACUCGAGACAAGAGGACGAAGAGGACAACAAGAACGACUUCUACAGCGAAGGAUACUACCUGCCGCCGCGAAAUACAGCACGAAUAGUAUCUACGAUAUCGGUGUAUUAGGAACAGGAAUAGGAACGUUGUAUCACCUCUUCUCCUUGGUCUUCAUAAUUGCAUCAGCAUAGGGUCUGGUUCCACAUAGUGUGCUUUAUUCAUCUGCAUCUGGGCGGCGUUUUAAAAUACCAAUAGCGGCGUGGCAU